UAGACCAGAAACAACGGCAGCGGGAGCUGCGAUCGGCGGUCAAGUAAUUCGAAACCGCUGAUGCUCUUUUUAUCUUUGGAUAAACUAAAAUGUCACUGUCACAGUGGCAAUGGGAAAACGCAAUCGCCGGUGCUGUGUCGGGCUUCGCCACCGUCGCCGCCAUGUAUCCUCUGGACAUCGUCCGUACGAGAUUUCAAGUUAACGAUGGUCGAGUCACCAAUUUCCCGACUUAUAGGAACACCGCCCACGCCAUUUUUACCAUUACUCGCUUAGAGGGUUUGAAAGGGCUUUAUGCAGGCUUCUUUCCUGCAGUUUUAGGGUCCACUGUUUCAUGGGGAUUAUAUUUCUUCUUCUAUGGCAGAGCUAAACAAAGGUAUUCUAAAAACAGAGAGGAAAAGGUGAACCCUGGUCUUCAUCUUGCUUCUGCUGCAGAAGCUGGAGCUUUGGUUUCCUUGUGCACAAAUCCUAUUUGGCUUAUAAAAACAAGAUUACAGCUUCAGACUCCUAUUCAUCAAAGUCGACCGUAUUCUGGUGUUUAUGAUGCCUUAAGAACCAUACUAAGAGAGGAAGGAUGGACCGCACUCUAUAAAGGACUUGGUCCUGGUCUCUUGAUGCAGGUUUCUCACGGAGCUAUUCAGUUUACAGCAUAUGAGGAACUUCGUAGGAUAUUGGUUGAUUAUAAAGGCAGAAAACGGAAAUCUGAAAGUGCCAGUAAUUUGUUGAAUUCAUUUGAUUAUGCUGUGCUAGGGGGGUCUUCUAAAAUUGCUGCCAUUCUUGUUACAUAUCCAUUUCAGGUUAUUCGGACUCGAUCACAGCAACGGCCUAGUAACGAGGGAAUUCCAAGAUAUAUGAGUAGUUGGCAUGUUGUGAAGGAAACUGCACGGUUUGAGGGUUUUCGCGGAUUUUACAAGGGCAUCACCCCAAACCUUCUGAAAAACGUUCCUGCUUCUUCAAUAACAUUUAUAGUUUACGAGAAUGUACUCAAAUUGUUAAGGCCGACAAGAAGGAAUGAUUGAAAAGACAUUUGCACUGUCCGUAAGUCUUCUUCACAUUCCUUUUUUGUUCACCAUCGACUAUGAUACUCAUGUACAUGAGAUUGAGAAGUAGAAAGAAAAUAAAUUAUUGGGAUAUGGCUGGUUUUUGGGUUGGAAAUGUUGCAUUAAAUGCAGUUCUAGAGAGAGUGUAGAAGAUGUUUCACAAAUUUAAUCUAAUCAUUUAUUAGAUAAGCAGCCAUAGCUGUGAACUUUCAGAGCAGUUUGCAACUUUGUAUCCAAUAUUUUCUUCAGGAUAUGCCAAUCUGUUUUCAUGAUCCUGUUAAAUUUCCCCAGUAUAUAGACAGUCAAUGGUUUUAUUUAAAAAAAAGACAGUCAAAUUUUGUUUUGAAGUAUGUGUGUUCGAAGGCAAAAGUCAAAUUUUGAUUUUUUUUUUUUUGUUUUUACAAAACGACAUGGGAUUUGUCCCGUACAUCCUCUUUCUGGAUUGAUCCAAUCAGAUUUAUCUUUCCAUGACCUUUCAACAAAUUCGAGCUUAAACAAUAAACCAAUGGGAAGUCCACGUAUUUAGCUCUCUUUGAGGGCAAAAACUUCAAGCAGUCAGAAUCUAUCCUCAAUUUCCCAAUUUUUUAAUCUAUAGUCAUCAAUUUUCUUGCCGGUAAAGUUAUAAUCUAACACAGCCAUGGACUGCAGUCUAACCUCAAUUUCACCACCAGAGCCCCGACUCCUGGAAGCAGUUAAAAAUGCAACGCAUUUUGCCAAGAUAAGUCAGAAUGAACCAUGUCUUUCGGUUUUGAACCAUUUUAGGAACUACUCUGAAUACACAUCCAUGAUGGACCCAUAUCGAAUCAAACAUUUUGGAUAAUUUGUAAUUUAUCUUUUGUGUAUAAAUAUCCAUCCUGUUGACAUGCAAGACUCUCUGUAAACUUGCAUACUCCCUCCGGUUCUAUUUUAUUCUGAGAUUCUUACGGAACAGAAACAGAAGAAAGUUCCAUCAUUCAACAAAAGCCAGAGCAUUGCCACGGGCCAAGAACCACAGCCAGCUAAUCGAUGUCCGUCAUAUAUAAACAGUGACUUCAAAUGAGAGUGAUCCAGAAUAUAUAACGCUUUAAAACAAGACUCAAAUUUUGCCUUUGGAUGAAUCAAUCAUUAGUCUCAUCUGCUGCCAAGUUA